ACACUUAGCUGCUCCGGACACAACCCAGGUCCAUCUCCGUCUGCUUCUCUGAUCAUCAGCCCUGACAGUGUUCAGCAUGUCAGCGGUGAAUCUCUCCAACUGAUCUGUGAGGUGCAGGGGAAGCCUACAGGUUGGAGAGUAAAGAGAAUCUCACCCAAUCCCCUGUCUCCUUUUGACUGUGGUUCUAACACAAUGUACACAUGUACCCUCAAACUGGGGAUAUAUCAAGAUGACGAUGUGUACUGGUGUGAGUCGGAAACAGGAGAGUACAGUCAUCCAGUCAACAUAUCAGUGGGGUUAGGAACGAUCCUGAAAAGUCCAGUUCAUCCUGUGCCUGAAGGAGAAUCAGUGACUCUACGUUGUAGACUUGAGGACACUCUGACAAAGCUCAGUGCUGAGUUCUAUAGAGAUGGAUCACUCAUCAGUCAUGAAAGCAGGACAGAGACGACCAUCCACAAUGUAUACAAGUCAGAUGAAGGAUGGUACAGUUGUGGAAUACGUUCUCCCAAAAGUUGGAUGGCAGUCAAACUUCCAUCUCCACCUCCAUCCCCAUCUCCACCUCCAUCCCCAUCUCCAGUUCCAUCCCCACCUCCAGCCAGCAUCUCUCUGCCCAGGCUGCUGUGUGGUUUAGUGGUGACGUCCCCCUACCUGCUGGUGACCAUCAUGCUGCUGGAGAGAUGCUGCAGGGCUCCAGCUCCUUGUGAUGAAGAGCAGACUGGGAUCCGGGAUGGAGCCACCAGGGACCAAGUGGUCUGCAUGGAGCCGGACUAGCAUGAGAGGACGUGUUCCGCUUUACUAAAAGAUCACUUCCUGCCUACAUGUCUUUAAUCCUGGUGUAGUAAACUGUGUGUUGGGUGCUGUUCUGCUAGAGUAAAUACACAUGCGUUUGAAUGCUGUUGCUUGGUUUUUCCCUUCUCUGUUCGUGAAUGUUGCA